AUGUUUGUCAUUAACCUAAAGCGAGCAAACCUAGGGAGCAACGCAGUCGAAGGACUUCGUGACUACGAAACAUUUGCCAUCGACUUUGUGAAAGUCCACAAUCAGGCAGUCACACCAGAGAGAAGCUGGGUAAAAGUAAAGUCACUAACCCUUUAGUCCCUAAGUUCAAAAUUUGAAUUCUCAUUUGUUGCCCCUAUUCAUUUCCUGCAGAAGUAGUGGGUAGAAGUUGAUAAAAUAUCAAGCAGAUUCAUCUUCUGUGAUCAUGUCCGUAUUUCUUAUGAACACUCUGUUUUACAAAGUAUUGAUAUUACAAGGAGAAAUUUAAUACUGAUCACCCUUAGGGCUCAAAGGGUUUUAACCGUUCUGUAAAAUGCUGUUCCUGCUGAUGAACUAGCCUCAACAAGAUGUGGUUGUCUCCUCAGUUUGCAUUUCGUCAUCUUUGGUGUAAUUCCUUGUAACAUUCUGGGCCCAGUUGUUCGAAGGCCGUUUAGCGCUAACCUGAGGUUAAAUUUAAACCCGGGUUUCUUUUUCUUUUACUUGAAAGCAUUUUCUCGGGUAACUUUCUCUAUACUUUUACGCGAUCAUCCAAUCAUCAUAUUGUAGACAAAAAGAAUUAAAUUGAAUUUGCUUUUUUACCUUUCAAAGUCUGAAUUCAAAUUUCGCACUAGCCCUGGGUUAUCCUAACCCAGCUUUGAAUAACCCGGCCCAGGUGUUAAAUUGAAAUGGUCAGUGAUACAGUGCCUCUUUUCAUGUAAUUCUCUGUUUUAUCGAGAAGUGACCACAAUAAAAAUAUCAUUUUCACAUGGAUCCUCCGGCGUUAUCUUCUUCAGUUUUGUGUUUUGUGUGGAAGAGUGUGAUAGUGAAGGAAAUAAUGAGUUCCUUGUAAAAUUUACCAGUUUUCCACAGGUAUCAUAAGGAAUUUCUCGGACCUCAUUUUUACAGUUAAGAUUAGUAUAUUUUGGUAGGCUGGAGCUGUUUGCGUCAUCAGUUAUUAAAAUAUUUCUCAUGAAUUGUUUCCUGCUGAAUAUCUUGACACGGUUUUAUAAAAAAUAGUCGUGGGUAUUUGAUCCUGUUGUGAAUGCAAGUCAUUUGUUAACAUAUGACAGUUAGGACAUUUGUAAUUACUAAACUAUUUGAUGCACUUCGUACAAGCUACAAGACACAGUGUCAUGAAAUGUUCAUCUUUGCUUCUUGGGGGACAUUUUCACCCGUCAGGUUUUCAGGGAGAGAAGAAGGAUGUUAUUGCACUAUCCUGAUUUCUUAUUUGAUUUCAGUCGUUUUAUUUGAGAGUGACAAACUAAGAGUUCUAGAAUGUUACUGGCGGUGGCAAAAAAUCGACAAAAAUGUGCUGGUAUGGAGCGGCGCUCUCUGAUGCUCGUAUAUCACGCUGAAAGUUGCUGUGCAAUAUUUUUUCUAAGGUCUUUCAAAGACCGCUAAUAUAAUUACAGAGGGUAUCUCCCUUUCAAGAAGAAAUGAAAGAUGAAAUCUUAUCCCGUUUGGUCGAUAGGAGCCCGAUAGAAAAGAAGCAACUACUGUACAGGUAGCGCUUUUGUCGUCAAACAUCUACCGUAUUGAUGCGAAUUUUGUUCUCGUAGGUUUCAGUUAAAAGCUACCGGCGCCAACUCGGCCAAAUGGAAUAAGUUCAGUUGCUCCUUUCGCAAGAGGGAGAUGAAUCAGAUUAGACGGUGUCUCUCCUCUCUAAACAGCCUUAAAUCCACCUUGAACGUAUUUUGAAAGCUUGUGUGCAAAAGAAUUAGACGUGAAUCAUUGUUUUUACUUUCACUGUGUUAGCUUGCGUAGCUAGCGUUUCCGCGGGAGUUCGUCGAGAAAGGGCCACACCGCGCAGGCUUCUCUCUGUUAGCACUGGCCUGGGUCUUUGAGGGUUUUCAAUAAAUUAGUAGAAUUGCUGUUUAUUGAUUGGUGAAGGCUACAGUCAUUUGUUUUUAGUUAUAUUUGUUCUUGAACAUGAAAACGACUUUGGUUGUGUCAGUCACAUAAAUUGAAAUAGAACUUUGGACUCCCUAGCGAAGACGUUCAUCACCGUGUAAGGGGUUCGAAGCAUAUACCAUCCUGCAGGGUAAAGCCGCCUUUGUUUCAGUGGAGUGGAAAGUCAUUCAGAAAUAGAAGGAAAAGAACCAGUCCAAAGAUAGACCCCUGACCUACUACUUGAUUCACAGGUAACGGAUCUCGGUUAAAGAGCUUCAGUUUAAUAUACUUCAGACCAGGCGGUAGAACUAUAACUGAAACAAUGAAUGGAUAUUUUCCCCGAGAGAUGGCUGUGAUCAUUGACAUCAAACUUCUUUAAGCCAAUUUUAACACCGGCCAUUUACGUUAUCUUUAUCAUUCCGAUCUAAAAGAAUUUCCUAGGAAAAAUCCUUUAAGUUAUUGAGCGACAAGUUCUAAACAGCAGACUGUUGUUUGCAAAUGAAAUUGAUGUCAUGAUUAUGCUUAAUAGAGAAAAAGUGUAAGAUAAGGCUUAGCCAUGUUUUUUUCGAUAUUGGUGGAUAAUCAUUUGUCUUUGCCGGGCCGGGGGUAGAUCAAGCCAAAAACGCCACGAACGUGUGUAAAAUUUCAUUCCCCGAGGACAAGAGUAAAAAGGCAGGGAAGACAUAAAAAAGUUCUUUUUUCCUCCUCGUGUCGCCUCUUCUGGCCUGAACUGCAAUGAUUUUUAUUAGCUCAAAUAAGGGACAGGGACGGGGACGGGGACGGGGAGGGGAGGGGAAGGGGAGGGGAGGGGAGGGGAGGGGAGGGUAUUAUGAAUUCUGAUUUUUAUGCCCCACAUCAUCCUGAUGCCACGAACUUUUUCUCCUAGUCUUACUGGACCCAGUAAUGACGUAGUGGCUAAAAACAAAAUGGAAACCAAAUUGCACCCCAUUUGUCUUCAAGAAUAGUAAGCGGUGUACAAGGGGGAUUGAAUUGGGCGGGAGUCUCGUUUCUUUUGACUUGAAACUGCGAUGUUCAGCUGUUUUGGAGAUGAAACUAAUGGAAUGGUGAAUACUCUAUUGUUCCUCUUCAGUCCCAAUAUUGCUUUUUUUCUACUUUUUACUAUAAAAUACGUUUGAUAUCAGCUCUUGAUAAUCUGUUGAGAACGCUUGCACAUGAAAGCGCACUAAAGAAUUCUGCCUGGUCAAGAGAGAAUAAUCUGCCCCCAGGGAUUAAGUACGCUCACAUUGACCCACCUACAUAUCGGGCAAAUUGAUCUUUCCCCGGGCAUACACCAUUUGAUACCUUUGCCUUCCCGGGGGAAGGAAUUUGAUAAUCAGAGUCUUCCGGAGCUGGGGAAUUUGAUUUGACUUUCUCGUGUAUGUCUUAGUGCUUGAGCGAGCGAGGCGUGAUAAAUCAGUGAUCUCGGGCUCCACACGGCGAGUUUGGGGAUUGCAGCUUCAUGGUGGAACGGCUAAAAUCCAAAGGAUUACCCAAGCUUUGCUCUGUCUGCAGACUCGGCUUCAACAGCAUUAGAAAGCUACAUUACUAGUGUUAAAAUAGUAAGAUGGUCCCUGAUAAUUUCCUCUCGGGAUGGGAGGGGGAAUUUGAUCCCCUAAAAUGGAUCUAUGUGAACGGUGUUUUUGAGCUUUUUGGCUCGAGUAGCGGGGAAUUUGAACACUAACUUUCCCCCCCAAACUACGGACCUCUGGUUACACGAGGUCGGCCCCGAUGUUACCUGCUAUUUGUGUAAAGUACCUGACUAUAUUCACGAGGCAUUUUUAGACUAGUAUUUGGAGGGCGUGAUCGCAGGAUAUCUAUUACUUUAUGGCUAGUCUGUCAGUUCAAUUCAAUUCAAUUCAAUUCAAUUCUUUAUUCACACUAUAUAAGAUAUUUACAUAAGUGUACGUAGGUAGGAAAAUAAAGUAGCUGACAAAUAAUAAUUAACUAAAAGACAUUAAGUUCAUUUGUGUACGGUAUCCAAAGUAGCAAGAGCUUUCUUGUUGGACACCGUCAUGUUGAAAUAAUUGGCAGCAGUAAAGAGAGGAAUAAAAUCUCAAAUAAUAUCAGUGAUAGAACAUAUAAGCAAGGUCAGAUUUGGUUGGUUAGAAGACAGGACUUCCAUUCUUUCUUAAACUUAUGAUAUGGCAGGCACUUGAGACCAGGCGGUAAAGUCUCCUAGAUUUUUGGACCGGAGAAUUUAAAGGACGUCUUACCUAAGUUGGUGGAUACUCUUGGCCUAAAAUAGUUCAGAUUACUGACAAAUCUUGUAUUAUGACUGUGUAUACGCGAUGCUGGAGUCAGGACAUCAAGGAAAAUAUCUGGAAUGCUAUCAGUCUCAUUUCUCAUUCUAUGUAUAAAGCAACAUAUUUUUAAUUUAUAUAUAUUAUCUAAUUUAAGGAUUGUUAGGAGUUUGAAACAUAGCCUGCGUAGCAAGCGUUUCCAGAGCCCCCUCCCCCUCCCCCGUCCUUUCUUUUUUUUUUGCUCUCGUCCCAACUUUCUCGACGAACUCGCGAGGAAACGCUUGCUAUGCAGGCUAUUUGAAACAGGGAGCCGCACUCUCUCUAGGAUGUACAAAGAAGAUGGUGCGGAGACAUUUGUUAUGCUUAAUACGAAGACAAUCUAAUCUGGUUUUGCUGGCACAGCCCCAAGCAAGAAUACCGUAACUCAAAUAGGGAAAUAUUAAAGCAUAAUAAAUUUGUUUCAGUCUAUUCAGGUCUAUGUAAUAUCUUAGUUUUGAAAGGAUUCCUAAAUUUUUAGCUAAUUUAUUAUUUACAUGUUGUAUCUGUGGUUGCCAAUUGAGAUGUUUAUCUAUAUAAACUCCCAAAUACUUUAUGUAAUCUUUCUGUUCAAUACCAGUGAUACUCUGGGCAGCUAUAUUCCAGGGUAUACAUUGGACGUUAAAUUUAAGCCACAAACCAGCUUUGUUGCCUUAUUUAGAGGCCUUCGAUUUUUGCAAGGUUGAAUUUAACAAAUGAUUUCGAUGUUGGUGCUUUUCAACCCGACCUUCCCAAUCGAACAAAACCGAACAAAAAACCAAUCGAACUCAAUCGAACUCCAAUCGUUCGAUUGGGUUGGGCAAUCGAACAAAAUCGAACACCUAUUUUGCUGUGAGUUCGAUUUUCAAACCAAUCGAACCAAUAUAACCGAACAAAAUCGAACAAAAUCAAACUAAUCCAAUGCACUGAGUCCGGCUAUGCUUUCGUGACUGAGAGCGGCUCCUUUUGGUACGGUCCUGAUAUACUUGUUGCUCUGUCGCAGAGAAUUCCAGGGGUGGCGAAUGGUACCUCGAAAAACGUGGGUCUCGGAAAAUUUUAACAGGAUCUCGAAUACAGGUUGUUUAACUAUCAGAAUGAGAGCACGGGGCGGGAGGGGGGCGGGGAGGGGGGGGGGGGGGGGAGGGGGGGGGGUGGGGGGGGGAGGGUAAUAGCAAUUCUGAUUUUUAUGCCCCACAUCAUCCUGAUGCCACGAACUUUUUCUCCUAGUCUUACUGGACCCAGUGAUGACGUAGUGGCUAAAAACAAAAUGGAAACCAAAUUGCACCCCAUUUCUCUUCAAGAAUAGUAAGCGGUGUACAAGGGGGAUUGAAUUGGGCGGGAGUCUCGUUUCUUUUGACUUGAAACUGCGAUGUUCAGCUGUUUUGGAGAUGAAACUAAUGGAAUGGUGAAUACUCUAUUGUUCCUCUUCAGUCCCAAUAUUGCUUUUUUUCUACUUUUUACUAUAAAAUACGUUUGAUAUCAGCUCUUGAUAAUCUGUUGAGAACGCUUGCACAUGAAAGCGCACUAAAGAAUUCUGCCUGGUCAAGAGAGAAUAAUCUGCCCCCAGGGAUUAAGUACGCUCACAUUGACCCACCUACAUAUCGGGCAAAUUGAUCUUUCCCCGGGCAUACACCAUUUGAUACCUUUGCCUUCCCGGGGGAAGGAAUUUGAUAAUCAGAGUCUUCCGGAGCUGGGGAAUUUGAUUUGACUUUCUCGUGUAUGUCUUAGUGCUUGAGCGAGCGAGGCGUGAUAAAUCAGUGAUCUCGGGCUCCACACGGCGAGUUUGGGGAUUGCAGCUUCAUGGUGGAACGGCUAAAAUCCAAAGGAUUACCCAAGCUUUGCUCUGUCUGCAGACUCGGCUUCAACAGCAUUAGAAAGCUACAUUACUAGUGUUAAAAUAGUAAGAUGGUCCCUGAUAAUUUCCUCUCGGGAUGGGAGGGGGAAUUUGAUCCCCUAAAAUGGAUCUAUGUGAACGGUGUUUUUGAGCUUUUUGGCUCGAGUAGCGGGGAAUUUGAACACUAACUUUCCCCCCCAAACUACGGACCUCUGGUUACACGAGGUCGGCCCCGAUGUUACCUGCUAUUUGUGUAAAGUACCUGACUAUAUUCACGAGGCAUUUUUAGACUAGUAUUUGGAGGGCGUGAUCGCAGGAUAUCUAUUACUUUAUGGCUAGUCUGUCAGUUCAAUUCAAUUCAAUUCAAUUCAAUUCUUUAUUCACACUAUAUAAGAUAUUUACAUAAGUGUACGUAGGUAGGAAAAUAAAGUAGCUGACAAAUAAUAAUUAACUAAAAGACAUUAAGUUCAUUUGUGUACGGUAUCCAAAGUAGCAAGAGCUUUCUUGUUGGACACCGUCAUGUUGAAAUAAUUGGCAGCAGUAAAGAGAGGAAUAAAAUCUCAAAUAAUAUCAGUGAUAGAACAUAUAAGCAAGGUCAGAUUUGGUUGGUUAGAAGACAGGACUUCCAUUCUUUCUUAAACUUAUGAUAUGGCAGGCACUUGAGACCAGGCGGUAAAGUCUCCUAGAUUUUUGGACCGGAGAAUUUAAAGGACGUCUUACCUAACUUGGUGGAUACUCUUGGCCUAAAAUAGUUCAGAUUACUGACAAAUCUUGUAUUAUGACUGUGUAUACGCGAUGCUGGAGUCAGGACAUCAAGGAAAAUAUCUGGAAUGCUAUCAGUCUCAUUUCUCAUUCUAUGUAUAAAGCAACAUAUUUUUAAUUUAUAUAUAUUAUCUAAUUUAAGGAUUGUUAGGAGUUUGAAACAUAGCCUGCGUAGCAAGCGUUUCCAGAGCCCCCUCCCCCUCCCCCGUCCUUUCUUUUUUUUUUGCUCUCGUCCCAACUUUCUCGACGAACUCGCGAGGAAACGCUUGCUAUGCAGGCUAUUUGAAACAGGGAGCCGCACUCUCUCUAGGAUGUACAAAGAAGAUGGUGCGGAGACAUUUGUUAUGCUUAAUACGAAGACAAUCUAAUCUGGUUUUGCUGGCACAGCCCCAAGCAAGAAUACCGUAACUCAAAUAGGGAAAUAUUAAAGCAUAAUAAAUUUGUUUCAGUCUAUUCAGGUCUAUGUAAUAUCUUAGUUUUGAAAGGAUUCCUAAAUUUUUAGCUAAUUUAUUAUUUACAUGUUGUAUCUGUGGUUGCCAAUUGAGAUGUUUAUCUAUAUAAACUCCCAAAUACUUUAUGUAAUCUUUCUGUUCAAUACCAGUGAUACUCUGGGCAGCUAUAUUCCAGGGUAUACAUUGGACGUUAAAUUUAAGCCACAAACCAGCUUUGUUGCCUUAUUUAGAGGCCUUCGAUUUUUGCAAGGUUGAAUUUAACAAAUGAUUUCGAUGUUGGUGCUUUUCAACCCGACCUUCCCAAUCGAACAAAACCGAACAAAAAACCAAUCGAACCCAAUCGAACUCCAAUCGUUCGAUUGGGUUGGGCAAUCGAACAAAAUCGAACACCUAUUUUGCUGUGAGUUCGAUUUUCGAACCAAUCGAACCAAUAUAACCGAACAAAAUCGAACAAAAUCAAACUAAUCCAAUGCACUGAGUCCGGCUAUACUUUCGUGACUGAGAGCGGCUCCUUUUGGUACGGUCCUGAUAUACUUGUUGCUCUGUCGCAGAGAAUUCCAGGGGUGGCGAAUGGUACCUCGAAAAACGUGGGUCUCGGAAAAUUUUAACAGGAUCUCGAAAUCUCGGAAGCGUUUUUGAUAAGUCUCGACAAGAGAGAACUCGAAGUCUCGUUUUUGCAUGGUUUGUUUUUACUUUUUUUGAGUCUCGAAACUUUUUACCUAAGAGUCUCGGGCUGGGAUUUCUAACUAGGGUCUCGGCGUCUCGGCGGGUCUCGGAUUUUACCAUUCGCCACCCCUAAUCAGAGGCGGAUCCAGGAUUUUUCGUAGGAGGGGGUGCACUACUAAGGAAUGGCGUAAUUGAUUGGUGACGUAAACAAUGUUUAAUAGCGAAUACGAAGAAGAAGGCUUUCGACUAGGCAAUAACAUAUGUGAACUGCUGAGAAUACAUAUCAAAUGAUAAAGCAGAUUUUGUAUAACUGUGAAGCAGACUGCACAGUGUUAAUUAGAAAGCCGCAGCUCAUUUCAAGGGGGGGGGGGGUGCGCACCCCCUGCACCCUCCCCCUAGAUCCGCCCCUGCUAAUUCCGUAAUUAGAAGGCAACUUUGCAAGUGACUUGACGUCCUCAAAGUCCAGUGUUAAAGCUUCCUAUCACGCAUUCGCUCUAACGAAAAUCAUUAAGAUAAAAUUAUCAUUUUAAUUACAUUGUACACUAAAAAUUGCCUUUAGUGACAGCUGAUGGCCUUUUCUAUAAAUCACUGUCAGUCUUUGGUGACAGUUCAAAUAGCCCAAAGCAUAUGUGUAAACAUAAAAUACUCUGAAGAUUUGAUGUAGUCAGUUAACGGAAACAUUGCUCAGUUCUUUACGGUCUUCCCAAUGUGUCAAGUACUUCAAAAAGCUUCCAGGCAAAGAAAAAUUUGUCACAUUACGUUGGCAUAAAAAGGUAGAAGGAAAAACAGAGUUCAGGACUCGUAUCAAAGGUAUAUAAAGGUUAAUUAUCCUUGACGUCAAAAGCGUUUCUUACGAAUUAUAAAGAAAUUGAAGCAAUUUAAAUAAUAUGAAGCAGCUGGCAGGAACACAUAACAACUGACAUAUGUCCUUUUUUCAUCAGUGUUCAUUGUUUUUUGAUUCAAACAGCUCUGACAACAGCAAAUAUUAAGGCGUAAUUGAUUGCCGCUGUUAUUAUCGUCCUUUAUGAGCUUACCGUAACCCUCCCAACCCAUGAAAUUUGUGAAGGGCUCACAGUGGGAGAGAAAGACUUCACUUCCUGGUAAACUCUCUAUUUUUUCUAAACAACAGUCUUCCCAACAACACACGUCUAACAACUAGCAUUAUUUCUGGUUAACGGUGCCGUGGUAGAAGCUGAGCCUAAGAAACAAAAUUGCGAACAAUACAUCAGACUAACAAACGGAGUUUAAAAAACCGCGAAAACCGCGAAAAGGGCGGGAAAAAUUGAGGAAACCUGGGUAGGACUCCACGACCUACCUACAAGGUCAAAAAAAUAAUAAAAAGUAUAAGUUACAAGGUUAAGUUAAACUUAUAUCCGGAAAAGGAAGCGUAACUACCGACAAUGACUUGCAUACAACAUCUGUACAAAGCAGCCUUUAUUUAUACAAAAAUACUAAUUCCAGUCUGCACACAUUAAACAUACAAUUGCUUUCAGAAAUACCUGGUUAAACAAUCAUUCAAAGCAUCUUACAAAUAAUCAACAGCUAAAAUAAUUGUGAACAGAAUCAAUUUUCCUCUCAGUGCUACGCAACCGAAGAGAAUCCAUAAUCUCAAAGAGUAAUGUAAGUCGAUCUUUUUCCCCUUCGAAUAUAACCAGGAGCAAUACUCUGACUGGAUAUUGCUCAAGUGAACAAUAUUCCGCGAAAGCUGUUUCUAUCCUGAAAAAUUAAAACGGGAAAGGGUUAACUCCAAGGGCUUAUAUGGGAGAUGGAGGCUCCUGGUAAUAAGCUGCUGAUUUAACCGAAUAGUAGAAGAAUGACUAAGGAGACAAGGCCAAGACCUCAAUUCACGCCGCCGUUGGACGUGAUCAUCAGACACAGCCAGUAUAUUUUUUAAUCAGUUUUCGCCCUGAGUUUCGUUUCUCGAAAGUCCAGGUAACUUUUCGGGUCCGAAGUCAAAUUUUAAAAUAAAAAAACCCAAGGAAAAAUAGUGCUAGUCCUAGCUCACCAACCUGUCCAAUUGGUGGAUCAAGUUGUGUUUCUGAGCACGCGAGCCCGAUUCCUUGUUUCUUUAACUAAUAGUUUUGUUGUACUUACCUUCAAAACUAUUAAAACUUUGAUCAUAAAUUUAAACACGGCAAUCACAAAGCAGCUUGUUGGGCUAGAAACAGGUCCCAGGUUUGUGAUUCGGCCGGGGGUUGAACCCGAGGUUCCCGCUCAAACCAAAGAGACCUAUAGACGGCGUUUGUAAUGCUGGUUAGAUUGAUUUUAAAAAUCUGAUUUCCAACACAUUGUUGUCAUUAAAACGAACAUAGACGUGUUUUUUGGCAGGAGCUGAUUGCCCUUUUUCGCAAAUUUAGAAUAAUCAAGACACGGGAACGAGGAUUGAGAUCGUUGAGAAAGGAUAGGGCAAGCGUAAGGUCUCUUCAUUGAUCAUUCCAUUUGACUUUUUUCCCGACAAGAAUCCGUUUGGCGCCCUUAAUAGUUUGAGGCUCAAAUUGCCAAAAUAAAAACAUAACAAAUAACAAAUAAAUGAAUGAAAAUUAGCUCCCAAGUCCAUGGCCGGGAGACGAUGACCACAGAAAGGGGCGUGGUGAGUGCGAACAACAACAACAAAAAGCAUGGUUUCCUGUGUAAGUAACUGAUCUAGAUAUCGACGUAACUAGAUGAGGAAUUAAAUCUUGAAACACAACUUAUCAGUGUCUUCAAACAUUAUUAACUUUACGUCUGUCGCUCUAAGAUAAACAUUCUCGUUGUCAAGGUUAGAAAAGGGCAAGAGAAUUAACGUAGGAAAAAAAUGCCUGUGGAAAUCUCUUCUUGAAAACAUGGCUUCGGGUAGUGAGUCAUUGACUUUGCCCACUAUUCAAGUAGCCUGUGGGUUUGGUGGGCAAAAAGAGGGGAUUGGGGCUACUGUUCACUGUCCUCUAUGUACAUUUUUUUAAAAAAGCAGGAUGGGCUACUGUUUUGAAGGCUAUUUUUCUCGUGAGUAACUUAUGUCAAAAGAGCUCAUUCUCUCUUACUUAUGUUCAUUACUAAGUUGUUGAGAAUUGUAUAUACGUACGUUCCUAGGCUAAAAAGACCGGUUGUCACAAAAACUUUUGAUCAUAAUAACACCAGGAGGUUAUAUGGCCAGCAUGCAGCCUAUAUCAAGACUUCAGCUCCGGAUCGAUCGUCGCGGCCACAUCGUGCCCGAAGUUGUUUCCAGAUGAUCGUCCGAUCACCUGAACACAUUUUGAGUCGACGCAGUCGGCCGAUGGGAUUUUUUCAGUGACAGUAUGGUUAAAUAAAUAAAUAAAUAAAUAAAUAAAUAAAUAAAUAAAUAAAUAAAUAAAUAAAUAAAUAAAUAAAUAAAUGAUCGAUAGCACUGAAAAGCCGACCUGGAUCUAAACGAUAAAAUAUCUUUCUGGUGAAAGCAUCGGUUUGCAUACUUAAAUAGCAAUCACAUUAACACCUACAGAACCGUGGAAUAAAAGAAGAUUAUAAAAAAUUGGAUCAAGUCCGAUAAGGAAAGGCGUGAUUAAAGCCAAGUCGGUUACAUUUAAUGUGAGAGCAUUAUGUAUGCAAAAGGAGAAGUAAUGACAUUUAAAAAGCAGGAUGUAGGCUGGACGAUUAGGAGAUUUGUGGUCAAAUGGCGCCCUCAGCAAAUUGAUUCUCCUAUAGGAAACCUCAGUCCGAGAAAAAUGUUUGUUUUUUUAUUCUUCUCUUCUCUCGACUGUUGUGAAACAAGACUCAGUCAGUCGAGUGUGGUAUAGAAAAACUAUGAAAUUCUUUCGUAAGUACUCAGCAACGGCUUUGCGAAAAACACGCCUUCAGGCCUCGAUUGAGCUUAGCGAGAGCACCCGGCUAUAAUCUCACUGAAAAAAAGGAAUUUCGCUCGAGUGGGUUAAUACUGAGUUAACAUUCUACCAACCGCAAGAGAUAAUGACUUGAUCAACCAUUGUACAGCCUGAUUUAUCUUCACUGUGUCGUUCGUUUUGUAAUAUUGACAUUUUGUGAAGAGUGCAUAUUUCAUUUUGAGUGUCUCCUAUCAACUUUGUCUUCAAAAAGUACGUUUUAAUUUGGAGGCAAAAUUCGUAUUUCGAUCAAUUAUGGAUGCGUAAAAGCUUUCGAGAAGUAUAUACAGUUUAGAUGAAAACGAACAAUACACAUGUCAAAUAUGCUCUUUAGUCAAUCACAUCGCCUUGGGCAAAAAGAACGCUUUUUAAAAAAGAAUUGACUUUUCAAACCUUUGUGAAGUGAAGAGUAAACACAUUUCGAAAAACAAAUAAAAACAGUUUAAGCUUAGCAAGUUAGAGAUCGGAAAGUGAAAGUUGAGAUCUGUUUUUGUUGAGAAAACUGAGGAAUAAUAUUUUAUCAUUUUGAAAAGUCUAUAUUUUUUAUAUGCAAAUUCAGCUCUUCUCGUAAAAGCGUUGAAAACUUCUUUGUCAUAAUCAUAUCAGCUUGUAUUAAUGGCAGUUAAAAAACAUGUAUGGAUUUCGAUCGGGUUGUUUGCAUUCUUGAGUUAUCGUACAGCUCAUUACUUUGGUUCUUUCAUUAGAGCGCCAUCGACAUUUUCGUUCCGUUCACUCUUCCAAAUCUAAAAGCAAUUUUGGAUGCAUUUUCGCUAACACUAUUGACAGGUUGUCACUAUCAAAGCCUUAGUUGUGAGCGACCACCUUCAGUUUAUUAAUAGAGGAUGUCACGAAAGUCUCGAACUGGGUAAUAUAAAGUAAAGAGGAUGAAUAUUUACUGCGAGAUAAUUUCCUUUCAUAUGACAACCUCGACCGGGUUUUGUGCGUAAUUCAGAAUUCUUGACAAAGGACUAAGAGAUAUGACGAAGUUUAUCUUUGAAGUCUGAAACAAAGUGAAAGGAAAAUUCGAGACGACUUUCAAACACACUCAAAUUCUGAAUUUGUCAGGAAAUGUUUUUAAAGUAUCUUUUUAUGUCAAUGUUGUACAAGGAACGGGUUUUCGUUACUGUUCAAGGGUUGGAGGAGGCGCAAUCGAUGGUUGGGAUAUUCGCUCGCAUCCGAAGAAUAUUAUUUUACGGAUUCCAUCCAAACGACAACGUUCGAUUGACUGUUUCAUUUAUUUGGAACACUUUAAACUGUCUUAAUCCACAUUAAGGGAAGCAGAGUUUGAAUUCUAAAUAAAGCAGACAAUGCAAAACAAACAAGAGACUAGGUCAUUUUUUAGCCUUUUGAGCUGUCACAACAUCCUGAUUUAAUCCAUUAUCCCGAUUACAGCUCACAAACCCAAAACAAACUAAGUGGGAUGCUUUACAACACUGAAGCGUCACACGUCCUGCUGAAUACACGCUCCUGAUUGGCUCUUUUCGCUCGCAACAAUUUCCCGCUAAUUGGCUGUUUGAUGUGAUUGGUUGUUGAAUGGCUUACUUUUGAGAGGCGCAUAUCUGCCAUCAUUUCUAUAACACUAACCAUGCAUCGGUUGAUAUUCUUUAGACUGGAAAAGUGCUCGACAUAGUCCAUGAAGCUCUUGAUCUCUCCCCGACAACAUGUUCGUGCUCUUUAGCACACUGUGGCUCGCCUUUACUCUUCUGAGAAGUAGCAGUGGCCAAGGUACUGUGUAACACGAAGCGAUUCCCUGAUUAUUUUCGACAUGAUUUCUUGUCCUUUCCGUGUGCGCUCAUUCACCUUACAACCGCUAGAAUCCUGCUUAGUAGGGAUUCUGCUGUUUGAUCGUUUCCCGGGUCGGCUAAUCUCGCGCCUUAGCCGGCUCUUUUGUGAACUGCUAGCUCUGUUGGUUUUAGCUUGUUAGAAUUAAUCACGGUUUGUGGAUUUAACAGAAGAAAUAAUUAAGACAACCACGCGAAUCCGAGUGAAUCUUCUCGCAUUGAAUUGAAUGUAAAUUUCCGGUGGUUCGAUUUUUGGUCUGCGGGUAGCUGGGAUUUACGUCAAAUGGAUCGACUUCACCGUCAUAAUUCGUUACUGCAGUUGUUCAGAAGUCUUUUACACUUAUAAUUUUUUGGUUAUUUUAUCUCACAGCUCAUCUUCCAGCCAUCAGUUGCUGCUCCAAUGCCGCUGAAUUUGAAGCUUGCCAACAUCACUGUAAUGAGGUAAUGUUCAUGCUACAUACGAUCUCUUUUAUCUUGCCCGGCGGGACAUAUUUGAAAAUCCAAGCGAACUGAAAAGCAAUGGUUCAUUGUAAAUAAAUUGUUCUUUUUUAUCGUCCUCAAAUACGUCGAGUGCGAAAUUUUUCUGUGCAUUUUGUAUUCACACUUAUGCAAGUUUAUUUUAGACCGGAGGCAAAUUGAAUUCAAAUGCUUACCACUAACAUCUGUGUAUGUUGUUUUGAUUCCCUUCUGUCAGUUGGAAACCGAAGGAGACCUCAGUUUACGCUACCAGAAAUUACGUGAACUUCCCAAACAUUGCCCUGGCCAUUUGGUGAGUAAAGUUUGAUAUUCUCUGUUUGUUUGAAGAAGUACUUUGUCGCCUUUCCGUGAGUAUCAAAGAGGAAAACAAUUAUCUGCAAAUGCCCUGCAGAAGUGCAAUAGAUAACCGGCUUUUUCACCGCCCAUAACACUAAUUCUGUUUCUUCUAAUCCUCUUGUUUCAGGUUUACUUUUGGCGGUGCCUUAAUGAUUCAAAUCCAGGUAAGACGUGUGUAGGAGUAGCUAGUCCUAUCUGCUUGCAUUGUCACUUUAAUUUCCACUAAUAACUUCUGCAAAUAAAGGUCUUGCUUUGUAUAAUAGGCCAAUUAGCUUCGGUCUAAGUUUCGUCGCCUUCGUUUUUAACGUUAAAGAGAUGCAUGAUAUUGUGAACUGUGUGUACUUUUAACUUUCACAGACACUAUAGUCGUUUGCGCUUUAAAAGUAACGAGGUGAGAAUUAGAUUUCAAGCGAAUUACGUCCGAAAGGUCGCGCGAUUGCGUGGCUAUGUAUGUGAGUGUUUAUCCAUGCGUUCCGAAUUUAUCAGCGUUAUCCUGGCUUUGGUGAGGUUUAAUUUUUUACUCUACUUUUGUCAGUGGAUUGGAGUUCCUUCAGUUUAGAUGUAACUGAUUACUUCAUAAUUGUCAAAGCAAAAUCCCACGUGUUUGAGCGCGCUUUUUUCUUAUCAUUGACUCGCUGUUAAUAGCAACCUUUUAACAUAGCAUCAUCUCCAAUGCAAAGCGGGCUUAAUGGCAAAUUAAUUGGGCUGUGGCAUUGUUUUUUCUUGGCCAGUUAUUUUUUCGUUCCAUUCGGGACCAUGAACCGUUAAGAAAGGUUUGCAUGAUUGUAUGCGAAGUAUUUUAGCGUUCGAAAAUACAACACUUGAAAGGGCAAGUAUUUUUUGUAUCGUGGACAGAAGAAAAUCAUAUACGGUUUUGUGGGGCUAUCAAGUUGAAACCGAUGGUGUUAGUUUUUGGUUUUUCUGAAGACUAAAAUUGUGUUUUUGAGAUCAGCCAGAGGCUAGUAUAAAUAAUUAAGCUUAAUCAACCUGAAUUAAGAAUUAAUUUUCGUUUUAAAAGCGUUUUGUUUGAAUUCGAGAAUUGCAUCGUGAUGCCACUUCUGUUUAAUGUCAAGAACUAUUCCACAUUCCUCUAAAUGGUUUUGUUCAAUCUGUUUUCACAAGAUUCCCCCCACAGAGCGAUUUGGCAGUGAUCUUUUGUUUGGGAAUAGAAGAGAAAUUAUGCGUUUUAAUGGGGUGUUAAUAUUAUUUUAUCUAGGCAUUGAAAUAAUUUGCUUUGGGCGACCAACACUGAUGUAGUUUGUUCGACACGAUGUAAGCUUACAUCUUACUGUAUUUGUAAGCUUACACAUCAAAGCUCUUUCUUUUUGUAGUAUCCGACUUGUAUUUGUUUGUCGCCUUUUCCAAAAGAGUCAUUUUUAUGGUACAUGGAUUACGAUGGUAACUGUUUUAUGUUUCGCUAAAUUAGGCAAGAUGGCCAUCAAGAAAUGUCGCAGGCAUACACAAAAGAGAACAAGAAUGCUUUUUAUGUGUCGAUCGGGUUUCAUUUCAUUUACUGCCAGAUCAUAUCGCCAGUAUAGUUUUUCAUUCUUAACCAAAAGAUUUUCUGAUGGAAGGAUAAAAGCAAAGUUGUGCCUUCUACUCUUUCUGGUGUACGAUAUCAUUUUUGCACUGGGCAAAAGUCUUCUAUCAUGUUUGUUCCAUUUGGUCUUUUAUAAAGCUUCGUUUUACAUAAAUUUCUAUAUGAACUCCAUUAAGAAAUAAGGAUAAAGUAGCAAAUAACUUAAUCUCAGAUACUGAUUUGAGCUUAAUCUUAGAUUAGAAAUCUGAUAUCUCCGUGGCAAGUAAAUUUUGAUUUUGGAACAUUUUGCAGUCCAUUUAAAUAUUAAGGUAUCAGCCACAAAGCUUUUAAGUAGCUAAAAAACGAUCAUUUUAUCAAGUAAUCCUUUUAAAGUAUCAGGAAUCCAUCUGCUUUUGCAAAUGUGCUUUAUUUUAAACAUUUUAACUCGUUUUUCUUUCAUCAGUUCACUGUCAUAUCAUGUUCAGUGUUAUGCAUUCUAUUGUUCAGUCCCAAGCAGUGCAGUUUUGUUCAAUGUUGUUCAUUUUUUAGUUCUGCCGCCCUUGGCUCAAAGCUGUCAACUAAAAAUGAAUAAUUUGGUUCAAUUUUUUAAAAACCCGUGUGAAGUACAUUGAAAUAAUGAUAAUAAUAAAAAAAACUGGAAUUAUUAUCGCUAGUACUGACAUUUUUUAAAUCUUGGCACAGAUCUAGGAAUUCUCCUUGUAGAGUAAAAAACAAAUUGUUAAAUUUUUAACAAUAUUUUCCAUCACAGUUAUUUUGUAGGUGACAUAUCUAUCAGCUCCAUAGAUCAGACGAUCUUGGAUAUUAAGCUACUUGUGCACGUGGUUCAAUACACAUUUAUAAAUGGCAACCCAGGGCACAACUGGAAAAAAAAAAUGGAGAUAAUGUCAGUGAAGAAAGAUACACACAGUGCAACUAUCUUAAGAGAGUUAAUAAACAUUUAAACAUGCAAUUUGCUCUGAAUCCUAAAACUGAAUAUAAUCUAAUUUUUGAAUAGUUAUGUAUGUUGUUCGUUUUUCACUUAGUGAAUGUUUAUAUUGAUCUAUAAAAACACCUUAAACUUGAAGAAGUGCCUCCUUGCUUAAUUAUAUAGACCGUACACAAUAUAAGCAGUGUAACUCAUGGAUAAAUGUGUAGUUCGUACAAUGUAUUUAUACAGAUUUUACGAACUGAAUAUUUCGAUUUCCUAUUUGGGUUAAUGAUUUAAAAGCUUUCAUACAUGGGAAGCAACAGUAAUUAGCUGAGUCUUGAAUGCUACUUUGUGGGUAGACAUUGUGUGUAAUUGAGACAAAACCAUGCAUUUUAAAACUGAAUUAUAAUGCAAUCAACAUACAUAGACACUAGGUUUCUUAUCAAAAAAUUGAUUAUGUCUUGCUCAAGUGAUUGUGCUUGUGAACUUUGACCCUGAUUUUACUCGCCAAAUGCAUUGACAAUGGUUUGGGAAGCGUAUUGAUUUUUUUGUAAACUGUAUUGAUGAUGAUGGAUGUUAAAAAUGGGAAGGUGCCAAAAUAUUUCAAAUACCAAAGUUUUUCUUACAUUUUGGGUUGGGAAAAAAAUUUAUGAGUAAGAGUUAUUUCUAUAGACUUAAGUAUAUGUAAAUGCCUUAACCAGCUGAUUUGAACUCAUUAAUACUUUCUGGAAGGUUGAUAAAGUUUAGAAAGUAAAGCAUUGGUGUUUUAGUAAGCUUUAUGUGAUUAUUAUUGUGUUAUAUAUUGUGUACGUAUGGAUUUCUUAAUGAAUAAGAUUAGAGGCUUUGGGUGUGAAUAGGGAAAUGGGAUGAAUCAUUGUCUGCACUGAAUGUUUUUUGUUACAAACAUGUCUUAAAUUGAGUUAAAAGUGUUUUAUAGAUUCCAUGGUGCCAUUUUUAAUUUAUACACACUUUGCUACAGUGCUUUUUAAACAAAUAUUUUGGAUAUAUUGUUAAUGUUGUUUUCUCUGGUUCUAGAAUGCUUAAAAGGUAAUUUACACUGCAGGGAAUUGAAUGCUUUCAAACAGCCUUGUGCAAGGUUGUCAAAAUAAUUUGGAUGGCCAUCCAUCACAUUGAAAUUAUCAUGAUAAUACCUCUGUUUAAAAAAUUAUUUGUGUACUGUGAGCCGUUUACAUGUGGCAUGGAGUAAACUGUUCUGAUUGUUCAAGAUCUUUUAUUUGUUAAGACUUUUGUAGAAAGAUAAUGGAAUGUAUCUUCCCCAAAUAAUUUUUCCUUCCCAGUCUUUUGUUUGAGUCCAGUCAAACAUUGACUUGUUAAUUCAGAAGUUUUAACAAAGCAUUAUAAAUCCCAUUAUGUAACCAGCUGCCCAUUCUCAACUUAAGUCACUUAUUGGCAAAACCCAAUCCUAGAGUUCACUGAUCCCGUCUGUAAUCAAUGCAUCUCUGGUAUGUGUCACCUACUUAUCAGUGCUUCCUGUGGACUGUGUAAUGUACCACAAUAUUUAUUAUUAGACCUUUUAAGAGAGGGGGCCAUUUUGUGCUUCUUUGUUUCCUUUUGUUUUCAUGUUUCAAAGCUCACAAUGGCAUCUGGUCUCUGAAACAUGCAGCUGCUAAUGGGAUACUUUGUUGUUUUUUUUUGUCUUGUGAUGCCCAGGAGGGCAAGUAGUAUUUGAGAGACACUAUGGGGGAAAUAUUCAGUAAUGUGUUUAGAAAUAUUUUGUCUUGUAGGUGGCAUCUUCAUUAUAAUAAACCUCUUUUUAAGCCUGUGUUGCUACCCACUCAAUAUGACAGAAUCAAAAUAACUACUUAAGUAAAAGAGUGUUAAAUGGACUAUUUAUGUGUUAAGACAUUGAUAAACCUUUUUCAGUUUUGUUGCUAAUAGUUGAAAUCCCCAGGUGGUAUUUUUUAAAGCAGCAAGGUCAGUGAUUAUUAACUAAUCUCUGGGUUGUUUUCAAACUUUUCUUAUAAGUUUUCAUUUGUAUCUUUUUUGGCAGAAAUCAGUCCUUACAUUGGAACAAGUCCUUCCAACUAUGCCAGAACCUGUUGCCUUCUUUCAAGCUCUCUUGAAUGUCGCCGUGCAUGUCGAGAAGGAAAACUGGAUGAUCCGAAAUCAAAUUGCUCCAAGUUGGAAGAGGUAAUUAAGUAACAGCCUCAUGGGUGGUGAUUGUUAUGCUAAAAGUUUGUUCUCAUUGUUCAUCGUUAGUAAGCCAUGGCCUGCCCACAUCUACAUGCAGGCUCUGUCUGUAUCCAGACCUCUCUGUGAGGCACUGCAUUUCUUUGUAAUUUUCUAUCUUUUUUUGAGUUGAUUUUGUUUUAUUUUAACCCAGCAGUUUCUCUUGGAUAGAUUAAGACGGAAUUCAUCAGGAAAUUGAGUAAUUUUAAUUUUCAGGGGACAAAAAGCUUGUACAAGAAUAUUUUGAGCCAUAUCGCAUUUUUUUUACACUUUUCGAGAGCCAUAAGUGUAAUAAGUUAUAUGAAGUAACUCCACAAAAGGUUCUUAUGGGAGCCCAAGAAAAUAAAUUUUAAUUUUCACAGGAGUUGCACAGGUAAUAUCGUCAUGCAAAAGAUUUCGUUCAAUUUUGUUUUAAACUUUAAUGCCACUGGUAGAGUUUUGUGGUGUUAAUUUUCUUCCCAUCAGUUAGUAUUGUGUUGCAACUGCUAUCUCCAUGUCAAGAAUUGAAGAAACAUGCCCAUUACAAAUUUAUUAAUACUAAGUAGUACUUGGUCUGGUUUGUGAUGGCGUGACAAUGAAAACGUCUGCUUAACACUUACAUUUUUGGCUAAUGGCAGCUUCUCCACAAGCUCUAAAACAUAGGUGCCUUACAAAGAUGAGUGCAGAGUCAACUUUCUAUCUCUUUCUAAGUGGACACCUCUAAUCUAAGAUUGACAGCUUCAUAAAGAGUUGCCUGGUGGUGAUCCCAGCGACCCUUCCUUGCUUCUUUUCACUCAUUUUACUGUAACCUAACGCUAUAAGACAGACUCAGCUCAAGUUGUCAGCUGGGGCCAGUCCCAAGGGUGGUUGACUGUUCAGUCAUUUCCUUUGGAAACUGACAUUAAACCUUACAUACAAACCUGGCCCCAGUUGUUCAAACAUUAGAUAGCGCUAUCCAUUGGAUAAAUCAUUAUCCAGCAGAUAAGUCUUAAGGAAACUAAUUGUGUUAUCCGCUGGAUAGCGCUAUCAAAUGUUUGAACAACCAGAGCCUGAUGGCAAAGGAAUGAUUUAAUAUAAUUAUAUUUAGUUAACAUCAACAAUCACUUCUAAAGUGUACUGUGCUCACCAAGUUAAUUUUUUUUGUUUUCAUUAGAGUGCCAUGUUUCGAUGUGUUGAAAGAUAUCAGGGUGAGUUGCUUGUGUCUUAGUGUACAAAGAAAAGUUAAUUUUAAGUCACGAAAAUUUUCUUGUAGUAUUUUGACUGAAUGUUUUUGGCACUGCAGCAUCAAGACGUUGUUGUAGGAGUACUUCAUCAAAAUGUAUGAAGGCCUGUCAAGUGGUAAGCAUAUACUGUAAAUGAUGACCACAUAUAAGCACCCUUCCCUCCCCCACCCAGUUUUAGGCCCAUCUACCUGUAAACAAAAAAUCAUCCAAUUAUAAACGCCUGUCUAACUUGUAUUAAAAUGAGUUUGAUUUAUCAUGAAGAUUUGGCGCUUAACACGAUCAUAAGGGGCCUGCAGAAAAAUGGUCAGCGUGCAUUUGCAUGAGUCCUGGGUAGCCUGUGGUGACUAGAUCAAGAAGAGAAAAACACGGGCAACAUUUUGUGUCUGUAUGAUCAAUUUUGGUCAAAUUUUCGACAUUUUAUUGACCUCAGCAGCACGCGAACUCAAAUAAUGGCGACGGAAGACGAAGAUCUUUCAGCUUCAGUUAUAUUUUUGGGGAUUNUUAGAGUGCCAUGUUUCGAUGUGUUGAAAGAUAUCAGGGUGAGUUGCUUGUGUCUUAGUGUACAAAGAAAAGUUAAUUUUAAGUCACGAAAAUUUUCUUGUAGUAUUUUGACUGAAUGUUUUUGGCACUGCAGCAUCAAGACGUUGUUGUAGGAGUACUUCAUCAAAAUGUAUGAAGGCCUGUCAAGUGGUAAGCAUAUACUGUAAAUGAUGACCACAUAUAAGCACCCUUCCCUCCCCCACCCAGUUUUAGGCCCAUCUACCUGUAAACAAAAAAUCAUCCAAUUAUAAACGCCUGUCUAACUUGUAUUAAAAUGAGUUUGAUUUAUCAUGAAGAUUUGGCGCUUAACACGAUCAUAAGGGGCCUGCAGAAAAAUGGUCAGCGUGCAUUUGCAUGAGUCCUGGGUAGCCUGUGGUGACUAGAUCAAGAAGAGAAAAACACGGGCAACAUUUUGUGUGUGUAUGAUCAAUUUUGGUCAAAUUUUCGACAUUUUAUUGACCUCAGCAGCACGCGAACUCAAAUAAUGGCGACGGAAGACGAAGAUCUUUCAGCUUCAGUUAUAUUUUUGGGGAUUUUUCUCGGUAAUGGUCGUGUUUUUCGAUGAAUUCUUCAGCGAACCGCGAGGCUUAAGAUUCAAACAGUUGAAUAUUUAAGUGUGUGGUGCUGUCGAGGAAAGGUGCUGGAUUUAUAGGCUUGAAAGGUAACUCAAAGCAAAAUUUGUCAUUUUACAAAGAAACAUAUACAAAUAGCACCAUUUUGCAUCGACUAGUCAAAGGUUUUAGCCAUUCUUUCAUAGUUUUAACACUGUUUAUUCUGCUUUCUUGGUCCAAAAUAAAGCUUGUGUGACAUUGGAUCGAUCUUUCUUACUGGCUUUGAGAUAUGUUGCUGUGUGGAGUAAUCAUGCGGGGAUAAACUUUAUAGGCAACUCUUUUGAGACAUAUUUUUGUCAAGUAUUUAUUUUAAAAAAAUUCUCAAAAAUAGGAUAAAAUUAUUUGGUUUUCUGGUACCAAAUGCAUGGUAGUUUCAAUUUAAUGUAUCCCUAAACAGUCUGCAUCAAUUUUUGACAUCAUACUAUCAAGAUUGAUGCCAUAAUAAGAACUAAAUUUUUUGUUGGUAGUAUUUUUGGCGGCCUUUUCCUUCCCAGGAACUUGCGAACGAAAGGGUUAAUAAAAAACCUGUAAUGCAAAACAUAUUUUGAUCAGCACAGCACUGCACUGCUGUAGCUUGUUUGAAGGGCUUUUUCUAUUCUAGUUAUACUCCCUCUUGGAUAUAAGCCCCUCCAUUUAUAAGCUGUCCUAAAACCCUUCACAGAUGUAUAAGUCCAGCCUGGCUUAUAAGCCAUAGUUAACAAUUAAUACAUUGUAAAUUUUGGGUUAAUGCAUUAUUUUAAAUUAAACAUCUUUAAUAUGUACACCCACCUAGUGAUUUUGGUGUUUUAAGCAAGCUGAUUGGUUUGCCUGCCUGCCAUAUUAGGAUAUUGAGUAAAACCCUGACUUCUCAUGUAUAAGAUAAUCACCUGCAGUAUGGCAUGAAAUCCGUGUUCUACCAAAGAUUUAGUUUAGCAACAUUUUACAGUGUGACUACCCGAACCGGGCAUGUGGAAGAAGAUUAUCCUAUCACAACAUUUUUGAAAACAAAAGAUUCUCAAUUUUUUUACGCAAAUGGACCAUUAACAUUCACAAAUUUGAGGGCUGUUUCCUGAGAGGUCAAGUAGGUUCAAACAGUUUAAAGUUUCCAAUGGGUGCAUAGCUGAACCUUACAUUUUAUUGUUUGUUUGCAAAAAAAACAUAAGAAUCUUUUGUUUUCAAAAAACGUUGUGAUUGGAUAAUCUUCUUCCAAGUGCCUUGGCUUGGGUUGUUGCACUUUAAGCCUCAUAAGAAAAAUCUUUCAUUUUAAGAAAAAAGACCAACUAUAUUUGUCAUGGGUUUUGUACAUAUAACCCAAAGUUAAUUUAUGAAGAAAGGCAUGUACUGGACAUGAAUAAGGGUAUUAAACUGAAGUGAUAGUUUGAUAUGUAGGGGUUAUUGAAAGCAGUAAAUAAGAUUGUGAGGGGUGUGGUGGAGUGAGGGGUGGGGGGGGGGGUACUUAACACCUGUGUAGGGCAGGGCUUCUGCUUGCAACUUCCUUUAUCUCACCUCCUACAUAAGGUUAGAUUUGACAUGUACUUUCCCUCCACCCUGCUGUAUAAAUUAUAAUAACUUUCAGUGAUUCGUUCGGCAGGUAUUUUCAUCAGAUCAACCCCCAUCACUUAAGGCAAAGAAUGAUGUGAAAAAGACUUGUGCAAGAUAUGCACAACAUGUAAUAUCUUGUGUAGCUAACGUCACUGCUGGCGUGAAGUCAUGCUCUGGUGAGUCAAUUUUAUUUAUGCUCUCUCGGUACAAUGCAUAGUUAUUAGGUGUAGUCUUGGAUAAACAUUUAAGACUAAAAAUCGGAUUCUUAUGGAAAAUGAUAUUUUUCUUAUUGAAAAAUGUGAUAUUGCCAAUGUAAUGUUUUGUUUUUUGUAAAUUUAUAAGUUGUACAAGCUACAUACAGUACAGUACAGUACAGUACAGUUAAUCCUCCAAUCAGUAAUCAUGUUCCCUUGGAGUUGCAUGGGUGACUACAUGGUCAACCAAUGCAGUGAAACCACUCUUAUCUUGUGUAGACCUCUUUGCUUGCUCAAGAGACAUUUAAUAAAUGUAAUGUUUGACCGUAGAAAGCUAAUGUUUGUAAUAAAUGGUUUUCUGUUAACAUGAAUUCUAAAGUGUGUUUCUUUCCGACAGUGCCAGAAUCAGAUUCAAGACGUAAAGGUGAUUAUUUAUUGUUGUUGUUGUUAUUAUUAUUAUUAUUAUUAUUUAAAAAAAAUAUAUUAUAAGUGUCCUCUUUGUUUGCUUGUUUCACGUUAUGUGAGAGGUGUUAAUUGUGUUUUUUCUUUUAGUUUUGAAAUGCUGUAAAAGACUUCAAAAUGAUGAUCUAAAAUGUAAAAGAACUUGCCGGCAGGUAUGUCAUUGUAUUAAGUGAACACCUGUAAUUUUUCUUGUUAUGUUUUUCUUUUAAAUCUGGUAUUAUUUCAUUAAUAUAUUAUUUGCAUUGUAUUAGGACCUCCAGUCCCAGAAAAGUGGCACUGCGAUGAUUUCAAAUCUAGUUAAGGCUUGUGGAGACCCUUUUGCACAAAACAAUGAAAAGGUAUACUUGACUUUUACUACUGCUUGUUGGUCUAACAUGGUCACCAAUAUUAAAUAUAUUUUUUACAGUUUACAAUACCACUUUUCAUUCCUCAUUGUUAUGUCCUAAUAAUGGUCGAGGUUAGAGAGUUUUUUCAGAGUACUGUGAUAAUAAAUCAAAGAAAAUAAGUCAAGCACAGUUCACUUUUGAUAUUAAUGAUGAUGAACUAGUUUUGAGUUCUUUUGUUUUGCUCUUCAGCGUAAUGGGUUUUGGACCUGUCUUAUUGAAAAUUCAGAAAAGAAUCCUGGUGAGUAUGAAUUAAGUACCAUUUAUCAGUGUAGCAAUUUUUCUGGUGUCAAUUACAAGAACUGUUAAGUAACUUAGGGCUACUUGAAUAAGAGUUUUAAAGGCUAUAUUGAUGUUAUAAUAUACUAGUGUGUCUGUAAGUUUGUAGAAGAAUCUUAGUAAUGAAAAAAAUAGUUAAACUUCUUGUAUCUACACUAAUUGUCAAUUCCCUUGGUCUCGUAGUCUUAAUUUUAGUCCUAAUAAUAAUAAUAAUUUUUAUUAUAUUAUUCAUGAAAUAGAGUAAAUAAGGAGGCCAAGGGAAUAGAGAAUCAAUGUAGGUUAAAAUUGAAUUCUAACCAGUAACACUCAUGGUUAUUUUUUACAGCUCCAGUUUGUCCCACAGGAACACCACAGCCACCAUCACCUGGUAAAUAAAUUGUAUUGGACUAAAUUGACCUUUUAAUAUGCUUCAAGGCUGAAGGAAAACUUUUAUGAUAAAAUGAUGAAAUAAACAACUGUGGGUGUGUAUGGCUAUCCUUCUUGAUUUGAUAUAAUUUGCCCUGCAUAUGUUAGCAAAGUUACAUUUAAUGACAAAAUUCUUUCAUUGGACUGCACAGAAAAACACUUAGCGAGAGACAUCUUUUAGUUAUAAUCACCAUGAAUAAUGCUUUUGUUCAUUCUUAUUUCAAAUAAUUUAUUUUAGGUAUGAAGUCUAAAUGUUAUUUUCUUUUUCUUUUUGUGGAGGGCAGGGGUAAGUGGGGUAUACUUCAUAAUGGUUUAGUUCUCACGGUGUAAACAAAAUGUUUGAAAGUUUGGUGUCUUUGUGAUUUAAGUUUUAGGAAUUGACAGUGCUAAACUUCAGUGCUGUUCUAAAGCAAAAGAUUCUGGCUGCUGGCGUCUUUGUAUUCAGGUUUGUUUGUUUUAUAAGUACCUCUGUUCUUAACGAAUAUUUUUCAAGAUCCUGUGAUUGUUUUAUUCUGAAAUUAGUAUUGGAAUUAUAUAAUAAUAUUAUGGUGACAAAUGGAACUAGUCUGUCUUAUUGCAACAUAAGUAUAUCCCCCCUUUUUUCAUUUAUUCUUCUAAGGUAUGAAAAAAUGUUUGAUAAUUUGUUAUAAAAUACAGUCACCCCUAUUAAUAUUGGCACUCAAGGGGCCACAGAAAGUGUCCAUAUUAAUGGGGUGUCUGUAUUAUUAAGCGGGUGUCGGUAAAGCAGGGCUUGAGUGACUGUACGGGAUUUUCAUCCGGUUUCACUUUCUGUGGUAGGUUCAGUUUUUGGCUGCAAAAUAUUUAUAUUCACUGAAGUUUUUUAGCCAUUUAUUAUACUUUGGUUUUUCUUUGUAUGUAAUUUACCAGGUUGUUGAUUCCAUCCCAGAGUAUAUUUCACUACAUACCUAUUAUAGACAUAAAUCCAAACACAUGACUCAUGAAAUAAUUUGUUGAAUUUGUAUAGAUGUACAAAUCUAGUUGGGGCAGGAACCAGAACUGGCGUGAAUUUGAUGGAAAGUGUGGUUACAAUCCUAGGGAGGUAUGAUGCACUCCAGAUUUUAAUGCUUCUUUAUAAUUCAUAGUUCCUAAAUACUUGUAGUGGUUUGGUAUCAUUAAAUUUGUCAUGACUUGUGUACUGAAUCAAUUGAUUGUGCUUGUUCUAUAGGUCAGUAUGAUGAACUGUUUGGCUGAUGGUGAGUAAACUUUGAACCCUUAAAUUCCCAGUAUCCACUUCCAAUCCAAUUCUUCACACUGAUCUCUAUAAUUUCCUUAAAGAAUUUAAAGUUGAGUGGAUUUGGUAUAAGAUCAAACCAUUUCCCUCCAGGUAUCAUUAUGGGUUAUGCGUGUGCCAUUUUGACUUUUUUACAUAGAGAUGACUUCCCAGUGAAAACUUAAUUGUCUCUGCCACAGGCAGCCCAAUAAUGAAUGGUUUGUUAUCUCUGCAUGGCCAUCAAACUGAGCUAUUUGUCAAAGCCUGCCAUAGAUCAGGUCUAGUGAUAUAGAUGUAACAACUGAUAUUGAGAUAAUGUUUUCAUGGAGACAAUGUUUCAGACAUAAAGAUCCUACAAUUUUAUUGUUUUGUUUACAGUUACUGAACCAUGCCAGUUGGGUUGCUCAGGGCUCAGUUUUUGCACAAACUUCAACAACAGGUUUGUUUAAAUAUUGUCAUAGACUACAAAACAGUCUGUAUUUUUGUGUAUUGAAGUACGCAUGAACAGUCAAUCAAAAGACCUGGAGUGAUGCUGAAAAUUAGGAGCUUGGGAGGGGCUUAAGUGCUUCAUGCACAUGAGACUGUUUUGCAUUGUAAUAGUCGCAUGUCUUUCUCCAUAGACGCAUGCUGUUAAAAAUCCAAAUGCAUACAAACAUAAUUUGCUUUAUCUUUCAGAGGUUAGAUUUAUGAGUAUAUUAGCCUCAUAUAAAAAUAAGGCCCAAUGAUUUGUUUGAUAAAUAUUAAAUUAGUGGCCUUUUCUGAGGUGUAAAUGUUUCUUUAGUUAUUAGAAACUCUGAUCAAUCAAUCCUAAUCCUUAGAUGUAUGUUGUUAUUGCAUUGUAGACAUACUGAACUGUUCCGUAGCUGUAAAAGGGCUUCAGAUAAAAAUGCCAAGAGUUACAUGCUAGAGUGGACUAAAGGUUACAUCCAGAUACCUAACUCUGAUAUCAAAAUACCAAUUAUGGACAUCAAGAAAUGUCUUCCUGAAACAUGGAAGGUGUGUGCUGUCUUCUUAGCUGUAAUGUUGGCUAGGAUUUUCGCUUUUGUUGGUGCGAUUGUUUUUGCUCACUUCUUAAUACCUCUUUUCUCAGACUUGUGUAAUGUUUCUUAUCAUUUUUAGACUAUACUGUUCUAUCAUCAUAAAGUUUAUAAUAAUAAUUAUUGCUCAUGUACAUGUACAUAAUUGAAGGACUUGUUGUGUAGUAAGUAACCAUUGAGCUUCUCUCCUUCCAGGCAAUUGCUUGUAUUCUUCAAAUUAAGCCAUGCAGCAUUAAAUCUCACAGAAGCACAAUCUGCAGGUUGGUGGUAGAAACUGACUGUCAUUAUUAAUUUACGUUUUUUCAGCUGUGAGAUGUUGCACUUCUGUGUGGACACCCGUAAAUUUUAACAUAUGUCGAUUGUAGUGUAUGCUGUUAAAGGACUCAAACUCUUAGUUAACCCCAGAGUUUAGGUCUGCCAGAAAAUUAAAGCAUUUAGUAAGAUUUAUUAUGAACAUGUCUGAGAGACCUAUUGUUUGUAAGUCAAAUUGGCCAAGAUUGUCCAUAUAGCAUUUCCCACCGUUGCCAAUUCGUAGUCUUAGUCUUAGCUAGACUACAUGAAGGUCUAUUAUCCUAUUUCCAUCUUUAAGCUGAGUGUAAUUGUAUGUAUAUUGUACUUUUAGGCCAGAUUGUGUUGAAAUUUUACAAAGAUGUCGCAAUUCAAGCUCUGAUAUGGGAGGCUUGUCAGCUGAGGAUGUGUGUGAUGCACUCUCACCGCCUGACAAACAUGCACCAUGUAUUUCCCUCAAAGAAUAUUUAGGUAUUUACAUGUCUUUUAUUAUAGCCUAUUUUUAAGCUCUGUAAUGUUCUGAUUGCGAACAUCUACGCCCUUCUCCUUGUAACGUCAUCUGAGUGUCAGUUUGAAAAUUGUGUUUCAACAGUUGUUGAUAAAGAAGUUUUGGUAAACUAAAACCAAGUUUUCGCUAUGGCAAGGGCAAUUGACUAUGUAAUUAGCACUUUUUGUUUGGAAACUUUUGUGUCUUGUGUUCAAAGGAUUCAGAAAUUUCUUUUUCCAAUAUUUUUUUUUGGUUGAUUUGUUAGUGCAUAUACCUAUCGUUUCAAGCUCUUGACACAAAUCUCUGAUGCAGUAGGAAGUGUUUUGAUAUAAUUGACAGCAGAGUCAAUGUGUUUCGGAGAAGAACUAUUUAAAAACAGCGAACAAUGUUAUUGUUGUUUUUCAGUACCCAGCAAGUAUGAAGAUGUGACAGAUGAAGGUAUUAAAGCUUUGAAGCUGUGAAUAAUAUUUUAAUUGGUAGCAAUCAUAGCCAUGCAUAACUUCACUGCUUUAAAACUUCGUUAGCGUUUAAGUCUGAUUAUCAGUUUUAUUCUUGGAUAACUGAGGUGAGGCACUAAGAUUAAUUUUAUGUGAUGUGAUUUGCAGUGACGCACCCUUGCAAUCCAAAUCCUUGUGAGGAAAAACAAGUUUGUGACAUCAACAGACGAUGCUUCAGCGCUAUCCUUGACAGGUGUCAAUCAUACACUUGUGUCCCAGGUAAAUGUUCAUAGUAUCUUACACCAUCUUACUUCAUAGGGUCUGUUCUGCCAGGGCUGUUUCAUUAUACAAAAUACGGUACAACUGAAUAAGAAAAGGGAAGUUUUAGCAACAACGAUGGCGACGGCAAGGACACCGUUAAAAAGCGAUAGGUUUAAUAACCUUAAUAACCAACCAAAAAAUUUGUGCGUGCAUUACACUUACACACUGUACACUUCGUUGCUGUCCGGCACUGCACGACUACAACUUGAAAUUUCCUAGUGCUGCAUUUUACAGAAGACAGAUAAACACGACGGCGAUUUAUUCUUUCACUUUCUAAGCUUAGUUCGGACCACAAGAAUUCAUCUGCUGUGUAAUUUACCUCCAUUUGAUCUUGCUUAAACACUCUUUUGUGUGUUCGCCAUGGACGCAUGCAGACACAAAAAGUUUCUGGUUUUCAGUCAAUUUCCAUUUUGUUUUAUUGAUGUACCAACAUCGUUUUACACCGCACAGGUUGUCCACUUGGUGAUGAAUCCAGUUUCCUUGUGCGAGUGGGAGAGUUUGCCAGGGUAAGCAGUCAUUACGACAAUGAGCUGUCAAUAUAUUGAUUGUUUUUUCUUUGUAUACAUUUAUCCUCGAUCGAUUCGGUCCCUGGAGGUAUUAUUAAUCAGCAGGUCAGUUGUUAUGUUACCCAGGAAAUGAGGGCACGCGAAGGGUGAUUCGUCGGAGCCGAUCCAGCGAGCGGCAAAACGCGGGAGAAAACCUUUUCACGCGAUUUUGAGCGACGUAGGUCAGACAGAAGUGAACUUUUUGCCGUCUUAGGCAAUGGUUUUUCCCAAAUUUUCGGGCAAAUUGCUUUUAUAAGCGUAAAGACACUUAAAAGGGAAAAGGCGUCACUUCAGUUGACGUUCGUCGCUCAAAACGUCUUUGCUUAAUCUCUUUAAUGACUUCCCCUUUGUUUAGCUUAGUUUUAUUGUUCAUUAGGCGAAAAUAACCAUAACUGUCGAAGGGUCAUACAUCUCAAAUGAUUAUGGUUAAAAGAGAGACCCACGAUUUGAAGGUUUUGUUACUGAUCUUAGGUGCCUGAUCCAAGUGGAAGAGCCGGCUGCUAUAAAAUUUGUCACUGUGAUGGUACAUCAAAACUCAGCAAGUGCAAAAGUCUGGACUGCAUUCGACGAAAGCCUUGUUACAUUCCGGGCAAACCUAUGGCCAUAAGUGAGUGAAACCUUGUUGGCCAUUGUUUAUUUCAUAUUUUGUCUUUUCCAGUUACAUUUUUGUAUGCUGUGUGAAACAAAACUAUGCAACCCAUGACGAAGUUAAACAAAACGCGUACUUAAACGUUACAUUUUACCUGACUGUUCCUUCCAAGCUGUCUUUAAAUUACAGAACUUCUCUCUUCUCUGAUAAACAUCCUUUUCACAGGCUCUCUAUUUUCCCUAAUUAACAGAUCGUCGACCGCCAGUGAGAAAUAAAAACCGCGGGUUAUUUAUUGAUCGCAAACUCAAGGGGGUGGGGUGGGGAAAAGAAAGAGAGAAAAACGUCUUUGAACAGGCUCCUGAUCAACGUUUAAUUUCUUGGCAUGAUUUUUCUGCAGAUGAUGGUGAGUUGUUUAUGGAUGACUGUAAUUUAUGCACAUGUUUCUCUGGAGAGGUGACUUGCACCAAGAGGCAGUGUCCAGCAUCUGUGCUUUCACCGGAGUAUAAUGCAAGUGAGUCUUUUUCUUCAUUUUCAGUGCAAUUUAGUACACAUCUUAAUAUUUAGGUGGAAAAAAUAGUGAGAGGCUUUCUUCUCUUGAUUGUCACUUCAUACUUGUUUAAAACGUCGAUAGCUACUGAAAUUCCCUGAGAAAGUUUGCAAGUUGCAAGUGAUAAUUUUUGACCCGCAUUAUUAAAAUCUCGGGCCAAAAAAAACGCUUUUUCCUCGUCUCCCAAGGUUGAACACCCGGCCGAUUCAAUUCGUGCAAAACUCUUUAUUUUGAACUAACAUUCUUGACACUUUAUGUUAGGUUUUUAAUGAAGCAUUGUUUAUUUAGUAUUUAUAAUCGGCAAAAGACACUUUUUUUUACUUGAUAAUGACGUAAGUUCAACUUCAAGACGUCGUUUGUUUUUACUUUUUUUAACUUUUUAAAAAUUAUUAUGAGGAAAAGUCUGCCGAAUUCGCUUGUUAUUCCUACGGUUUUCACGUCAGAAAUAGGUGGAAGGCACAGUUACUGCGGUCGAAUGUCUUUUAUUUGCUGGCGGGAUUUAAUUUACUUUCACGUUGAAAAACGGCGAAGAAAUUAUUAAAUUGACAGAUGUCAACAAAAAGCAAAGCCGGACCUCACUUCAAAGACAGUUAUUGUCUUAUUUCUUGGACUAAUAUAUCUGCUCUUUUUUUAGGCCGGCCUAAACGAAACCAAACCCCUAACAACGAGUCCAUAGAUACCGAUUUAAUCACAACUCUGCCAUGUGGUUGUGAUAAUGUCUAUCAACCAUUGUGUGGCGGGGAUGGCAAGACCUACCCCAACCCUUGUGUUGCACGGUAAGCAAAUACUACUGAGCUCUGUCUUCGCCUUAUGUAAGGCAACCUGGAUUCCGAAAUCAGAGAAAUUAUUGGUGAAUUUGGAAUCCGGGAAAUUUUGCUUGUGGAAGCCAGAAUCCUGAAUACAUUCCGCUUGUGGAAUCUGGAAUCGUACUAACGAUUGGAAUCCGGAAUCCAAGGUUCCACUGACAAAGAAUCCAGAAUCCACUAACUGGAAUCCGGAGUCCACAGCGUGGAAUCCAGAAUCCAAGCCGAGACUGUCUUGUAUUCCCUUACAUGGGGCGAUUGGUUUAGUGCCGGCUCUGAUGAUAGGCCACACGACCCCAUUUAAGUUUUUGAACGCAUGCAGACUUAAGAGUUUACGUCUCUGUUCUCACAUGAAUGAUAUCAUCCUUCUAUGAACUUGUAGUCUGGAGUGGACUGUUUACGAAAGUAUCGGUUUAUGACCGUGUGGUUGGAGAUCAAGUAGCCUGCUUAGCAGGCGUCGAAAGGGGUAGGGGGGUAGGGAGGAAGGGAAAAAGAGGGGGAUUGGGGAGAGAGGGUAAGGCUCCCUUCCCUUUUUCCCUCUUUCGCGCUUUUCUCCCUCCCCCUCCCCUUUUUGCGCCUGCCACGCAGGCAAGAGAUCAAGUUGUUAAUAGAGAGGGAUCGUGUGAAAAUACCUUAGUAGGAAUAAUAAUUUUAUAUGAUUACAGUAUAUGAUGAGGCUGGGCAGGACAAGAAGAAUUACACCGAUUUCGGAGGGUGUUAUUCGCCUUUGCGUAAUAGCUCCUGCUUGCGUGACUUGGGAAGGGGAGAGCGCGAGGUGCGCGAGGUGCGCGAACCCAUCGCGCCCCCCUCUCUUUCCCUUUCCCCUUUCAAUGCCUGUCACGCUGGCUUUAAUGCCCUCAUCGGAUAAAACAUUCUUCAUUCAACAUUGGUUGACACAGAUGUAGGUUACUACACGCUUGUGGUCACAUACCAGCAAUGAUCGAUUGUUGUUAAGGUAGCAUGCCGUAACAUUCCCUCUGUGGAUCCAAUAAAGGACGUCUAAUCAGUUCCUAGAAACUCGUGUGUUCAAGUUUCUUUAGAAGUUUCCUCUGUGUCCUGCUUAUUUGGCACUAGCUGGUGUGAACUGAGAAUCAGUUCUCGUUUAAGUAAGACUGUUUCAGUUGUUCUUAUAUUUUCUCUUUCUCUUUUUUUAACAAGUUGCAUGGGACUUAGGAGUUCUGAUUACACAGAUGGUAACUGUGCUUCUAUCGAUCCCUGUGAAUCAAAUCCUUGUGCUGCAGAUGAAAAGUACGUAUGAAUAGUUUUUGCUGUAUCCCCGUCUUUUGCUUUCUGCAAAUAAUAUUAUGUUUAAGUGUUUUUGUUUUUAUUAGUGUAAACUUUUAUGACAUUGUCAGAGUUUUCUCGUAACGUUCACGGCUUAUUUCAUUUAUUAAGGUUGCUAUCUGAACCUUCUUUAGCUAUUGAACUUAUAUGGGUGAUUUGAUUUUGAUUUUCAAGGUGUAUUGUGGAAAGAAAGACCUGCCUCUCCGUUCUUGAUCACUGCAGCCAAUUCUACUGUGGUAAGUAAAUUGAGUUAUUCUUUCAUGUUACGCUUGCGCCAAAUAGACCUACUGCUUCAUAUACUAGUAAUAGACUGUCCAUACUCAUGUAUUUGUAUGUGUAAGCAGAAGAAUUUGACUCAGUACUUCUGUCAGUUUUUUAAAAAUAUUUCUCAAGCUUUGAUUUUUUUUUUGUGUUGCCAGUUUCGGAGGGAAAGUACUGCAGUGAUCUUCAGCUGGAUCCAGUUUGCGACACGGACAACCGCCAACACCCAAACCUUUGUUCGUUACAGUUCAACGGCAAGAGUCUGGCAUAUAAAGGUUUUUGCAAGGUGAAUAAUUGUGUGAAAAAAAAAAACAAAACAGAAAAGUGAGCAAAGAUACCGUUGCUGUUUAAAGUUAUAGUGUCCUGUUGAUUUAAACUUUUUGGAACUCUACCUGCCAUGUUCGGUGUUAUUUUUAAUUCAGUAAGAGGAAAAUAUUGCACUUGGUGAUCAGCUUGCAGCUUCAUGAUUGACUUUUUUUUAUUUGAUAGGAUGAAUGUAAACCCUCGUCCUCUGCCGUGUGCGGAGUGAAUGGUGAGACUUACUCCAGUACAUGUGCAGCAGACUCAGCCCGAGUUGUUAUUGAUUACCGCGGUCGCUGCAGGGCAGUUGGAGUCGGAGAUGGUGAGUAUAUAUGUAUACGACACUACUGUGCAGGAUUCGUAAAAAAACAAUUCUCGACAGUUUCGAUUUAGAAUCGUUUAUACACUUGCCUUAGUUGUUGUGAACUGGUCAGCGGACUAGAAUUUGACUGACAGUUCACACUGAAAGGAAGGACUACUGAGAACGUACCACUCGUGUUUGGACUGACUCUUCACAGUAAUGACAUCACGGCUUACUAACUUAAUUGACGAGUCAGGUAACCAUCACCUUGGAUACAUACUUAAAUUCUGAUUCUAAACUGAGACAGGUUAUAGAAAUGUGAAUCACUGCAUGUCAUUCUACACAGUCCUAGCCAGCACGAAGAAAACCUCGUACGCAUUUUGAAACCAUUAGUAACCAAAAAGAGACGAGCACCCCUUCCUUCUUGCGAUCAUAACUCCCUUAACGUCAAGAUUCUGAGCAAACUGUAGAAGAGGAGCUCUGAGGUGUUAAUGUGUGUGUUUGUAAUCUCAGGAGAUGAGCCAAGAUGUAAGAAUGUGAAGUGUCCUAAGUUGAAUCCACCUGACUGCAAAGGAAUCAUUCCACCUGGGGCUUGCUGCCUUCACUGUGGUAAGAAUCUUUACAUUGAAACCUGCGAUACUCAUCCAUUUCGUAAAACAUGAAAAGACAAAAUAUACUUCAGACUUAAACCUGCGAUAAUUUUGGAUUUUUUUUCAAUCUUAGAGUCUCAUAUUGAAGUUGUGGAAACUUCGGUGCGGGAUUAUGUAUUUGUAUUUUUUUUCGGAUGCAUUUACCUUGGUAGAUGUUGGAGUACCUUAAUAGCAAAAGACAAGUGCCCUUUUCUUGUACAUGUACCGUCGUUUGAGAAAUUGAAAUAAUUGUCAUUAGAAUUCAUCUCGUCAUUAACUCUUUUGACCCCUCUGACUGACUGUGCGUCGUGUCAAUGAGAAAAUAAUGAUCAAGGCAUAAAGGGCUAAUCUUUGAUUUUAAGUUCGGUCACGUUGUGCAAAAUUGUAUAAUGUGAUGCACGGUACGAAAGUUACAUUGAUACAGGUUACAGGCUGUGAGUUGUAAUCACAUCUUUGCAUUCGCCUUACCGUGACAAAAGCUGUGGCUUGUUGGGGUCGUGCCUUAAUUUUCAUCUAAGUCACACUUUUCUGUGUCUUUUAGCCGCGGAAGUUCGAAUCCUGUACAGUCGAAAACAGCUGAUGAAGAACAGAGAAGGUUUUAGCAUAUAUGAGACAGUCACACUGGAACAACUAUUUCUGCUCUUGCGGCGUCACAUUUCCACUGUAAGUACAAUAAAUACAGUAUGAACAUGUGAUGAACACUUGUCUAAAAAAACUGAAUCUAAUAAUCGGUCGCCGCUGCUCUCUAGCUUAAGAGCGCAAGUAGUAACAUCAGAAUCAUAGUGCGUUCGGCUAAAAGAAGUCCGUUUAGUUUUUAAUAUUUUUCUUUCAGUUUUGUUGACGAAUAUGGCUGUCCAGAGUGACAGUUUGAAAUGGGCAAUUUCCAAUUUGCAAAAUCUCUCACUCUCAUAGCGAGGCUAAGUGCAAAACCUUUUUUUGAAAAUGAGUUUCAUUGCAGGAGAAUAAAAACGCAUUUUCAUAUCAAUAGCUUCGCACUUAGCCUCGCUUUGAAACAGGGGCUCGGAGCAAAUCGGAAAUGACCCAGUACACUUUUUUUGAAGCCACUGGAAAAAAGUCUAGAUUCUGAAGCAUACUUUACUUUUGAUUAAGUGUUGCUUACAGCUUGCCUGUAAAUUACUUUCUGUUUUCAGACUGAGUGCGAUCUCUUUGGGUAUCACAGUCUUGAAGGCGAUAUAGUGGUGUUGGUAAUGGCUGUCACGGGAAAACCAACAAUCCUUCAGGUAUUACCAGACAUGCCAAGGCUUCACGUAGAUGUUCAAAGCUGCUCAUUAUAUUCGUCAUGUAGUUCUUUACAGAGACUCACUUUUUUUUUAUACACAGAUUUUCUUGUCAAACUCGUUCCAGGAUCUCUCUUCUCCCCAUCCCCGAGAGUGAGACUUGGGACUAGACCCCAGGGAAACGAGGUCUCCUAUUUUCUAAACUUGGAUUUUGUUUUGGUCUUUAUAGGUUGAAACUUGUAAUAGUGAAGCCCAAAGGCUGGAAGCGUUCAUCAACACAGGAACUCCUGCAUUCACUUCAGAUAUAGUGUUGUCAGCACUUAAAGGCGCUCGCUCACGGGUACCAUUACUUUCAAGAAAGUCACAACAACCGGUUUCCAACGUUCGCAAGAGUAAAGCGAGUGUGGUGAACAAUUCAUUAAUUGUGUCAUUGUUACCUAUAAUUAUGCUUCCUGUUAUUCUUCGAACAGGUAGAAGUUAAUAUUCAGAGUUCUCUCAGAGUAUUUUUAUGACAUUGCAAUGAAUUUAUAAAUGUAAAGAGAUUAAAUUAUUGUAUUUUUGAGGAUAAAAUUUUGAAGGACACAAAAUUAGUCAACUUCACAGCUUUCAGUGAAAUUCGUUGUUUUUUUUUUCGUAUUUGUAGCGAUUAUUUUGUAAGCUAGGAGAGAUUCUUUUAGGUAUUUCGGUAAGAUGCGUGUUGAACUGAGUCACUGAAGUUUCGUUUCAAAGAGGCGCGUCUAAACACGACUUGAGGUGUCGCCCUCAUUAAACGCAGUGUUCUUUUUUUAUGCAGCGUUCAUCUUGAUUUCUAGUUUUGGCAGCAGAUGUUUUAAAAUUAAGGAACUAUUUUAUACGUUGAGCAGUGUUAUGCGUCUCUUCCGCGGGAUAGAUCGAAUUAACAUGUCAUUUUACGCCUGCUAUCGAAGAAAGGAAAAUUUAGAAGUGAAGGAGCUGAAGGUCGUGAAGUGAGUCGUGUCGAAUUUGUUUUAUAAAUAAACGAUAGAAUACUCUUAAAGGUAAUAUAUAUAACUUUCUUAUUCUCAAGAAAAUUUUGUAGGAAGUUUUGUUUUAAAAAAAAUGUUGAGUUAUUCGUCAUGAAAUGAGCCGUAUUGACUCAAUUUAAACGUUUGUUGUUGCGUUUCGUAGAAAAAAUUCUGAUCAAAUAUUCCUCCCAAAGCUCGUUUGAAACGCAAGGCUUCACUGUCCUCUUAAGUUCACCUCCAACCAAGGAGGUGAAGUGUUAGGUCGGAAUGGUCAUAUAAGAAGGCUUGCGGACAGACCGAGGGCAUAAAAAUUGUUCUGUUACUGUUUUUGUAUUACUCGAACUCAUACACUCGUUCAAUAAAUAUAAGAUACGUAAUAUUUAUUUAUAAAAGCCGUUUAAAAUUACAUCUACCU